AUGGCCAAGAACACAUGCAAGCUCUGCGCCCGCCGCUUCGCCAGCCCGCGCGCCCUCUCCGGCCACAUGCGCUCCCACUCCCUGGCGGCAGCCGCCGCCAGGUCGCAGCAGAUCUCGUCGGCCUCCUCCUCCGUCGCUGCCGGGGACGACGACGCCGACGCCAAGAUGGCCGUCCAGGCGUACGUGCUCCGCGAGAAGCCCAAGCGCCGGGUCCGGCUCGGCGAGUCCGACGGCUUCUCAGAUCGCGAGAGCGACGCGGAGUACCCGCCGCCGCAAUCGCCGGGCGCCAAGAAGCGCAGGGCGCAUGCCGGAUCGGGCGACGCCGCCGAGCCGGUGAGCUCGCUGUCGGACGCCGCCACGCCCGAGGAGGACGUCGCGCGGUCCCUCAUGAUGCUGUCCCGCGACACCUGGCCCGCCGCCCCGGCGGCGGCCACGGCGUGGCCGUACUACUACUACUCCGACGACGACGAGGGGAGCGACGGCGGCGGAGGGGCGCGCGCCGUGGCGCGCGCGGCGGCGCCGAGGCGCACGGAGUUCCAGUGCCCCGCGUGCAAGAAGGUGUUCCGGUCGUACCAGGCCCUGGGCGGCCACCGCGCCAGCCACGUGCGCGGCGGGCGCGGCGGCUGCUGCGCGCCCCCGCUGAACCCGCCGCCUCGUGCUGUGUCUACCCACCUGCAGCCAUUGCCGGAAUGCGAUGGCGCCGGUGGCGAGGAUGGCUCGAAGGCGCCGCACGUGUGCCAGUACUGCUCCCGCGCGUUCCCGUCGGGCAAGGCCCUGGGCGGGCACAAGCGGUCCCAGCUCUGCUCGGCCGCCGCCGUGGCCGCCGCGUCGGGCGCCGACCCCGCGGCCGCGAUCGAAGGGCUGGACCUCAUCGACCUGAACCUCCCGGUGCGCUGGGACGACGUGGUGGAGCUCUCGGCCGUGUCAGAUCCCUUGCUCUCGUCCAAGUCGCCAGGCUCGUGA